AUGUCACGUCGCAAACAGACGAAUCCAAGAGCAAUAAAACGUGAUGUGUCCAAAGAUGAAGAUGAAAAUUCUAUUCCAGCGGCUAAAAAAAUUGCAACUGAAUCAAUUCGAUCAGAUAGUAUUGAUUCAAUAACGACUACUGAAGAUGAACAAAAAAAUUCAUCACUAAAAUGUGAUACCUGUCAAGAACUAUUUUUAACUAGUGAACUAUUUAACCGACAUCGUCUAUAUCAAUGUUCUUUUCUCACCGAAGAAACCAAUAGUGAUGAGAGUCGAACUUCAUCCUAUGACGAAUAUGCUAAUCAAAUAGAUAAAAUACCAUAUGGAAUGAAUCAAAAUGAAGAUUAUCCACAUCAAUGCUCGUAUUGUAAUAAAUCCUUUGCAAAUAUGGCUCUACUACUUAAACAUGAACAAGUUCAUGUUGAAUUGAUGCCAUUUCGAUGUACUUUUUGCGGCAAAGGUUUUAAACAUCGACGUAGUCUGAAUCGUCAUUCAAAAUUACAUACUGGUGAACGUAAAUUUAAAUGUACUUCAUGCGAAAGUACAUUCGCACGUUCCGAUCAUCUCAAAGCACAUAUUCGUACUCACAAUAAUAAUAAUAACAGUAAUAAUCAUAAUCAUAAUCACAAUAAUUUCCCAUCUAUCGAUAAAUCUAUCAAUGUUGAUUUUCAAAUCAAAUCUUCUCUAAAUACAAAAGUCAAUUUUGAAGAACGUCGAUUAUCAUCCGAUAAUAAAAAUAAUAAAGAUGAAAACAAAACUGAACAUUGUCCAUAUUGUCCACGCAUAUGUCUUGGUGAAAAUAGUUUACGAUAUCAUAUGCAAACUGAACAUAAUCAAAAUCUUGAAAAAGAAUCAAACAGUAAUCAAUCAUCGUCAGAAUCUAUAUCACCAGCACUAUCCGAUACAUAUUGUCAUUUAUGUAAUGCGAAAUUUAAUAAUCGUGAGAAUUAUUAUGCACAUAUCCGUUGUACACAUCCGCCAUUUCAUAAACAAUUCGAUCAAAUAUCUUUAUUUCAAAUACCAUCAUUAAAGAAACAACAAGAUGUAAAUGAUAAUUCAGCAUUAAAUGAAUAUGCAAUUAUUGAAAAAAUUAUCUGGUGUGAAAAAUGUAAACGUUCAUUUGAGUCUAUGACAGUUUAUUUACAACAUUAUUCAAUUCAACAUUGUUUACAAAUUAUUAAAUGUCUUCAAUGUCAAGAUAUAUUUGAAACAGUUGAACUGUUCUUUAAUCAUAUUGAACGAAUACAUCCAUCAAAAACUGUUGAAACAUUUAAAUGUAAAUUAUGCAAUGCAACGUAUAAAAAUCGUACAGAUUUUCUUCAUCAUGUUGAAGCAAUUCACAAAUCAUGCUCAUAUCCAUGUUCUUUAUGUCCAUGUCAACUAAAUUCAACAGAUGAAUUACUCGAUCAUUUAAAAUUUGUUCAUAAAAUAAAUAAUAAUAUUGAUUUUCAUAUGAAUCAUCAUCGUCCAUCGUUUAAUACAUUAUUUUCAUGUGAAUUUUGUACGAAAAAAUUUAAUUCAAGAUUUGAACUUAAUCAACAUAUUUUAAAUGAUCACAAUGAUGAACAACACGAUGUUAAAUCUGAUUGGCAACCAAAUGAAAAAAAAUCAACUACACCAUCUUCAACGGACAUCAUAUGUUCUCUAUGUGAUCUAACAUUUUCAUCUGAAUCACUUUUAUUAGACCAUAAUAAGCAUACUCAUCGAUCAUCAUCCAUAUCAUCCAUAACACCAUCCUUCAAAUGUACUUACUGCCAUGCAUUAUUUACAUCUCGUGUUCAACUAGAUCGUCAUUCGCGUAUUCAUAUAGCAUCAUCAGGCAAUAAUUUAAAAUGUAAUAUAUGCGAUCGACUAUUUUCAACAAUUGAUAUUCUAUCCGAACAUAAAUUAUCGCAUUGUAAAGCAACAACAUCAAAUAUUUGCUCGUUUUGUCAUCAAACAUUAAAUAGUCAAGAUGAUUAUAUAAAUCACUUACAUGAACAUAAUCAUCAGUAUAAUUUGAAAACUAAAGCAAAAUUAUUUACCAAUAAUAAUGAUAAUGUUCCAUUAGCUAUUACAUGUAUUGUAUGUAAGCAAUCAUUAAUCAAUGAACGUGAAGUUAAUCUACACGCAAAAUUUCAUUUAACAAAUAUUACAAAUAAAAAAUCAAUCAAAACAAUUCUAACAAAAGAAAGUUCAUUAGUAACGAUGACUUUUCAAUGUAACCAAUGCCAUCAAUCAACGAAUUCAAAUCGAGACUUUCUCUUAGAACUCCCAUCAUUUAAUAUUAAUUGCUUUAAUUGUAUUGAAAAAGAUUUGAAAUCUACAGAUCUAUCAAUGGUCUCAGAUGUCGAUAGUACAUCAACUUCACUUUGUUGUCCAAAAUGCCAAAAUGAUGUUCAAUUCGAUAGUAUUAAAACUUAUCAACAACAUUUUACGUCUCUUCAUCUGUCCAAAUAUUCUAUUGAAGAAUAUCAUUGUCUCAAAUGCAAUAAAGUUGUUCCAUCACGUGAACAUAUAUUGCAACAUCCAAAGAAAAAAUCAUUAUUAACAAGUGGUUUUCUUAUUGAUAGUAUUGACUCAUCUUUACCCUCACAUCUUUCUUCAUUGCCCAGUGUACAUUACUGUUAUUUAUGUCGAACUAAUUUUAAUACAGCAAUCAAAAUGCAUAUACAUCUUAUCGAACAUCAGUAUCCGAAUCACGAGUAUCAAUGUAGCCUUUGUGAUCAAUCAAAGUUUGACGAUGCAGCAAAACUUUAUCAUCAUAUGGUACAACAUGGUUCAAAAGCACGUUUACAUCCAUGUCGACAAUGCGAUGUUUAUUUUAUGUUUUCAAUGCACCUUAUCAAUCAUCAAUAUAGUCAUACAGAUGAAACAUCAGUAUUAAAAACGAAUGGUAGCACAUCAAUCGGAACAAAAUUAUCGAUAAAAUCGAAAUUUAUAAAUAAUGAAGAUAAGAAACAAUCGAAUGAUGAUGAUGAUAUAUCAUGUAAAUCUAUUAUGACAAGAUCAUCAACAAAAGGAGCGUGUCGCUCAGUAGUAGUCAGUUAA